AUGUCGGACUGUAGUUUCAAUGUCGGACUGUACAUCGGAUGUAGUUUCGAACUCGGUUUUCGAUUUUUUUUUUCUGAAGGGUUCAAUGUGGUGCUGGCGCUGGCGAAACAACGGUCCAGUGAAUUUGGGAGCAUUGAUUUCUCGACACGCCACUGCUUCAUGAUGCUGCGUUGGAUCGUGUGCAGUCUACUUGUCUUGAUGGUCAUGACCAAGGCUCACGGCGCUUUGGCUGGUGACAAACCCAUCAUCGUGACCGAUGGGGAUGGUAAUCUCUUUAUCAAUACUUCAUCAACAAGCGGCAAUACACGGGUUUUCAUCAAUGGGGUGGAUGUACUGGGCAAACUGACUGAGCUGCGCGAAAUCUUAGUUGACCAGGGAUUUACCGCCGCACCUACAAACACACCUGUGACGUACUCGGGCACAGUUGGCUGUCAGCUGAGCAACAUGCCCUCUCAUGUCACACAUAUUGUGGGGGACGUGAACUUGGUCUCAUGCACACUGCUAACGGCCCUGGACUUGCAACUCUUUGACAAGCUUGUUCAAGUGAGCGGCUAUUUUCGUAUUGUUAGGAAUGAUGCCCUCAUCAAUGUGGAUGGCCUGGGCAAGCUCACGAGCAUUGGCGACGACGUGAUAAUUAAAGACAACAAUGCUUUGGCCAAUGUUGACGGGCUUCGGAGUCUCACAAGCGUUGGUGGCCACUUGCGGCUCAGGGACAAUGCGGGUCUAACCAACGUGGAUGCGCUUGGAAGCCUCCUGAGCGUCGGCAGCUACGUGCGGCUCAAGCAUGACAUUGCACCACUGCACACCGCCUGCCGAAACGAUCAUGUAAAAGUUGUGGAGAUGCUGUUGAAGCGCGGUGUUGAUGCUAAAUCUGAGAGCAACAAUGAUACACCACUGCAGAUUGCCUCCGUUCACGGUCAUGUAGAGAUGGUGGAGAUGCUGUUGAAGCUCAGUGUUGAUGCUGAAGCCAAAAAAAACUCUGGCUGGACACCACUGCACACUGCCUGCUAUUACGGUCGUGUCAAGGUGGUGGAGAUGCUGAUGGAGCACGGUGUUGAUGCUAAAGCCAAGGACAACGACGGCCAAACGCCGCUCCAUUCAGUCUGCAAGGCCUUCUCUCCCAGCCAAAAGGCUGUCCAGCAGCUCUUGCGGCACGGUGCCGACCCGGAUGCAAGAGACCUCGUAAGCCAAUCACUACGAUGCCGUACCUUAUUUGCUUUUCUGCUGCACCUGCGACUGAUACCUGAUGACCUGUUGUGGCAGGCGGGUGCACGACCCUUGGAUCUGCUCCUAAGCAAGAGUCGCAUCGAGCUGGAGGUGGGCCUUUUUUUCAUUUCGGUACUGAUUGCAGAGACAAGCUCGCUCACCGAUGAAUUUGUCUUGCUUUAUAGCUGGUGGCAGAGCUGUUGGGCGCAACCCAACUGCUUUGCUCCUACCAAACUUCGAAUCCCAAUGGUGCGAACCUGA